AUGCAAAAUAGGUUUAUUCUAUAUCAUGGAAGCCAUGGGCGUUCUAAUAAUGUCAACAUUUCAGAUGUGUGUAAGUUUGAAGAAAUUAGUCAAGUAAGUCCAAUUCUUAAAAUAUCAUCGAUUUUUGUAAUUUUAUUAUUUUCAUCCGUUGGCGUUUUUUUCCCGCUAUGUUCAUAUAGGAUCAGAUUUUUAAGAGUAUCCGAAUCAUUACAUUUAUUUGUAAAGCAUUUAGGUAGCGGUGUUAUUAUUGGGACAGCACUUAUUCACUUACUCGAACCUGGUAUCGAGAAUUUAAGAUUUUCUCCAUGCCUCGUCGGCAUAUGGAAAGAAUAUGAUUUUUCUGCAGUACUAAUUAUGGCCGGAAUAAUUGCCAUAUUUUCAUUGAAAGUAUUUUCUUUAAGAUAUAUUGAUUCAAAAUAUUUUGAAAAAUAUUCAUAUCCUACAUUACCAUUCCAUAAGCAUGCUCCUGAUAAUGAUAAGGAUCCUCUGGAUACUCAAAAGGACUUGUCGAAUGAUAUAGAAAAAGAUAAAUUUCAGAAACAGGUCCCGGAGAAAUAUACUAAAAAGGAAAAUCUAAUAACGAUAUUUAUGCUUGAGCUUGGAAUUAUUUUUCACUCUGUUAUUAUUGGUCUUACUAUAGCAGCUACGGGGAAAGAGAGAUUUUUAACUCUUUACAUUGUGUUGAUUUUCCAUCAAAUGUUUGAGGGUCUCAGUCUCGGUUCUCGAAUAUUUGAUUUUAUUCACUAUAAUAUGGUCUGUAGUUUUUUUUUUGCAGUUAUUUAUGCUAUAUCAACACCUGUUUCUAUUGCCAUUGGUUUUUUAGUUAAAGGUGCGAAUAAUCUGCAAUCAUCUACUGCUGUAGUUAUUUCUGGAGUUCUCAACUGUCUCUCUGGAGGAAUAUUAUUAUAUACAGUAAUAGCAGAUCUUCUUGUAUAUGAUUUUAUUUUUAGGCCAGAGCUUCGAGAUGGAAAAUUAGGAAAAUUGUUAUAUGCAAUUUUUUGUAUUGUAUUAGGUUUUGGCGUUAUGGCUAUUACAGGAAGAUGGGUUUAGAGUCAAACCAUAUAGAUAUAUGUCUAUUUGGAUUAAGUCAUCUAAAUCCUAAUCUAUUGAUUCAAGAAUUUUCAAUUUAACUCAAUAAACAUAUAUUAAUUUCAUAAUAGAAUCUAAGAUAGUUAACCCUA